CCCAGUUUCAAUUCUGAUCUCUCUUCAUUCUGCCAUCAUGUUGCUCUGACUUUUGUACCUCACGUUUUGUCCUCCUUUGGAGUUGUUUUUACUUAAUCGUCCCUCGAUAUCAUUUGUUAGACGCACACCUAUUACCGGCUAAACCUCGAUACCUCUCCUCCCAUACUGUAAUACCGUCAGGAUGGCUGAACCUGGCAGCCCAGGCUGGAAAUGGUUUCCCAAUGUCAAGGCCAAUUGGUCACUCGAUGUCGUGACGCUUCUUGCGGUCAUUGGAGAAUCUUCUAUGGCUGAACAGACUCAGACUAUCACGGCAUCGUUGCUGUGUCUGCUACCUCGACUGAUCCCAGCCCCCCAGGCUCUGCUCAAGCCUUCACGUCCAAGUCGAAUGCCUGAGACACUCGCAAAGAUGACGGGUGUGUAUAGUGGAACCACGCUCGACUCUGUGGGCUUCUUUGCCACUAUCAUUACUCCUUUGGAUGCCCUGCAACCUUUCAGCUUCCGCGUGCUUGAGAUCACUCAUACGGACCCUUCUUUUGGCGACAUCGAUAUGAAUCCUCCUUCUGCCCAAGAAAGCUGGUCUACUCGAAGUCUGAAAUGGGUCAAAUCUCGCCGCUCAAGUUUUCAUAACACAGAGAAACUGUCAAAUGAAAAAGACUCCCAAAGCAACAGAAUUCCCCGAGCCCCUCACGUAGAAGAGGGUGGGCUUCCUCUACCAAACACAGCGCGAACAACGACAUUUCGUCCUCCGGGUGACAGUUCUCCAAGCAAUGCGGAUGCCCCCAGACCGCUCGUGCGUCGUCCUACGGCUAAGCAGAAAGUCCAAGAUAUGCUUGCCAACCCGACAUUUGCCAACACGAAGAGACGUCCUGCGGUCCCAGCCAAGCUCUUCUCGCCUAUCCACAUUCUCUCAGUCUUUUCAUGCCUUCUAAGCAUAGCAAUCAUCACCUGUGCUGUGGUAUGGCAAGAUGGCAAUGCCAUUCUGGCUGUUUCCCUGAUAUCCUUUGCGUCGACUGUGGUGGGCUAUGCUUCGUUCUGGCAUCCCAUUCUCAUGAACCGUAAACAUACCAACGAGGUCCCUAGAGGCGACGUCAUGAUUAGAACACGAGAAGGCGCAUUUCUACUCAUCAAGUGCACAGAAGAGGUUGCCCGUGAAUUGUACUCAGGGACUGAAGAGUGUCACUAUCAUGUUGGAGGCCGCACAUAUCGACUUCUCAUGGCCCUCGGAACGACUCUUCUGAUGCUGAGUGUCGUACUCCUGGGAAACUGCACAUGGAACUCUCAAAUAUUUAUUGGUGGGAGCUACAUUGUCCUCAACGGACUAUACUGGGGCUUAGGCAUGCUCCCUCGGUCAUACUUUUGGGAUCUCUCGCGGUAUCAAUGGCAGGACGUGACCCCUGAAGAUGCGAAGAAUGCAGACGAAAUCACAGAUGUGAAUGAUCAACGAGAGGGUUAUCCAAGUUUCACGCGUACUUUGUGGUUCGCUAUUUGCGAGACUCAACUUACUGGCUGGGUUGGCCGCAGUGGAGCGGCUCCAGGUACGAAACAGUGGAAUAAGUGGCUCAAGGAAGCACUGCAGAAUGCCAAGAAUGGCAACAGAUCAUGGGACUCAGUGGCCAGAAAGGAUGCUAUUAUGAAGGAGAGCCUCAGUGCGGAUGAGAUUCCCGAUGAAGCGGCGCAACAUGCGCCUGCGGUCGAAGUUCAGAAUUCUCCUACGGAAAAGGACCGCACGACAUUUUAAGACGAAGAUUGCAGCGAGUUUCCAGCAGGAAAAUGAGUCAAACGCGGUUGAUGGUGUAUGGGUAUAGGCGAAUCUGGAGUACAACCAUCUUGUGAUAGAUAGAAAAAACAUUGUGGAUCAUUAUUUAUGUACGCUGGAUAUUGACGAGACGUGCCCUUCUUUGAGGCAUGAUGUAUAACGACUUCUUUUUAGUGCAGACUGAAGUUGAACAUAUAGAUACCCUGAAACUUUUGAAAUUGAGCAUGUCUUGGAAUAAAAAAAAGUCUAAUAAACGUGAAUAUUGCCCCUAGAACGGCAGUAGAAUG